AUGAUCGUACCUUCGCUGGCAGUUGUGCUCACCAACAUCUGUGCCGUGGCGGCUACAAUUCUUGAAAACGGACGCCCAAGGGUUACCAGCUUCCCCGACACCCAGAUAGAGUUGGCGGAGAGCGACUACAGGACUUACAAUGCUGAUGCCGAAGAGAUCUCAUUCAAGGGUCGAUGGGACUCCAAAAUGAUCUCUUGGUGGGCGGGCCCAGGAAUCAAAUUUGGCUUCACAGGUCAAACGGUUGCAGUCACCUUUGGGAACGAAACGAUCAGCAGUACUCUUGUCGCCUACAGGAUUGCUGGGCUGGAUUGGAUGCAUACGAAUGUCACGGCGGGCGCAACUCACCUCUUCGUUAGUCCGGCAACUCCAGGAAUCGAACUCACUGGACCUAUUAGCCCCGUAACCUUCGAGAUGAGGGUUACGAACUGGGCCUACGGAGUUCAGAUCGAUAAAGUACAUGUGGCCAUCGGGGAAAAGCUCGUCAAAAUCCCUGACUACCCUCGCCGAGUAGAGUUCAUUGGCGACAGCUUAUCGGCAGGCAUGUACAACACGUACGAGGCUCUUGCUGGAUUCGCGUAUGGCGUCGGAGCAGGACUAGGAGAUACGGAAUACUCCAUCACGGCCUAUCCGGGCAUCUGUGUCUCCGACCAGGAGUGCUGGGGAAACCCUAGGGGCCAGUCUCACCAGUGGUUCUAUACGUCCGACACUGGCGGACGAGCAAAUGAAGUUUGGGGAGAUGAUCCCGAACCUUGGGACUUUUCCAAAAACCCGGCGGCGGACCUCGUAGUCAUUAACCUCGGUACCAACGAUGCCAAUGCUGCGAACAACGUCAGCAAGUCCACUUACGUAGAGAGUUACAAAAGACUCGUUCAGGGCGUUCACGGAAAGUGGCCCGAGGCUCAAGUUAUCAUCAUGCAAAUGUGGCAAGGCUUCUUUCAAGACGGCAAUACGUAUGGUCAGAACACGGACCUUCGGGAUGAAGUCUAUAGUGUUUAUGAGUACUUCAACACGGAAGAGUACCUGAGCAGUCCGACAACGUGGGAUGCUGUCACCAACACGACGAAGAAGACAGGCAAGCCUGCAAAGCCAUUCGUCCACUUCUUCAACACCACUGGCAUCCUGCAGCACAAUGAUAUCGCACCACAGUGGCACCCCACAGAUGUUGGGCAGAUCAAGGUUGCCAGCCAUCUCAUACAGUACAUCACGCUGAAGCUUGGUUGGCCACUGUACGCCAACGGACCCGAGGUUUAUCAUGAGACGCUGUACUGGAACGACCAGUCCAGCUAUUGA